AUAGGGCUAGACCCGUGCAAAGGUGUCAGUGUGACCACCUCAUCAGCAUCAGCAUCAGCAUAUCAAUGUUUGACAGAAGAUGUAGGAGGGAAGAAUAAUGAUGGCAUGGAAUAAUUGUGGUAUGAUGUGUGCCAGUCUGAAAGGCAUCCACUGGAGCACCAGAACUGGAAACUGCUUGAAUAUCCAGUUGCAGCAUCUAAGAAACUACUGUGUCACAUCUCUACUCAGAAGGCAUUCUGCUGCAACAAAUGCUGCUGCAACAGAAGCAAUCACGUUUGUACCGCGCCACCAGGACACCUCUACAGCAGAGUUGGCGGAGUUUGAGCGUGUGCUGCGCCGCUUUCCGCGCCUAGCAGUGAUCACAGGCGCCGGGAUAUCGACAGAGAGCGGCGUGCCCGACUACCGCUCCGCCGAGGUGGGGCUGUACGCGCGCCGCGGCCACCGACCCAUCACCUACCAGGAGUUUGUCUCGUCGGAGCCGGCGCGGCGCCGCUACUGGGCGCGCAACUUCGCCGGCUGGCCGCGCUUCUCCUCCGUGCAGCCGAACGCCGCGCACCACGCGCUAGCCGUGUGGCAGCGGCGCGGCCGGUGCUCCUCCCUGGUCACGCAGAACGUGGACGGUCUGCACACGGUGGCCGCCGGAGGAGAGGUGACUGAGCUGCACGGCUCGUCACACCGGGUCCGCUGUCUGGGCUGCGACUUCACCCAGUCGCGCCAUCAGCUGCAGCGGGUGCUGGAGCGCGCCAACCCCCAGUUCGCCGCCGAGGCGCCGGCCGCGCUCCGACCUGACGGUGACGUCGAACUGGAUCAGGACCAGGUGGGACGGUUUGUCGUGCCGCCCUGCCCCGACUGCGGUGGACUCCUAAUGCCCGACAUCGUGUUCUUCGGUGACAGCGUGCCGCGGGCCCGUGUGGAUUCAGUUCGUCAGGCGGUGGCCGACGCCGACGCGCUGCUUGUGGUGGGCUCGUCACUGCACGUCUACUCGGCGUACCGACACGUGCUGCAGGCUGUCGAACUCGACAGACCCGUGCUGAUCCUUAACAUUGGACCUACCAGGGGAGAUAAGCACGCCUUCUAUAAACUGGACGGCCGCGCCGGCCUGGUGCUGCCCCGGCUGCGCCUUUGACCGUGUGCGGUAAUCGAAUGACGGGAUUUAGUGUGAGGAACUGACUGUGACCCGACCAUCGAAGUCUGCAUGUGUGGUGACUGUAACAUAGUUUGUGACGUGUUGUGAGACACCGUGUGUCUUUUGUGAGGAUUUGUUGGUGUAUGGUUCGAUCGGCCGAUUUUUUUCAUUUGCCGAUGAAAAGGUCCACCACCUGUUUUUGUUAGUCGUCAGACCACUGUGUAGUGUGUAUGAGGAAAAGUUGUACUGUGAUUGAGCCGCCGGCUGACGAGUGAAAGGCACUGUGGCAGCGUGGUGCUCGAGACAAAUGGCAGGAUUUGUAGCUGCCAGCGUCCAGCACCAAGAUAUCAGCUUUCUGUGUGUUGGGGCAAUGGUGGAUUAAAUGACGAGGUUCGAGUGAUAGGGGGUAGGGACAGGUCACUUAUGCUGACGGCGUUGUAAAAGAGGACACCAUUCUGUUAGUGCUGAACGGCGCUAGUGGUGGUUUUAACUGAUGUUAAUAUUUGAGGUGCGUACACGUUUUUGUUCUUUUUAUCCGUGCUUUUUAUCUCACUUUACGACCUGUGCUUUUGCUUGCAUAUGAUAGAUAUUGAGAUGAAAUGUGCUUUACGGGCUAGGGUAGACAGUGUGGCCAAAUUGGUUUAGCGUUAGGGGGAGGAUGUAUAAAAAAGUCGUAUAAGGAUGUCACUAUUUUCAAAAAACUCGUCUUCAGUGUCAUUUUAGGUGCAGUUUUUAUUAGUUAUGUGGAAAAACUAUACCUGACGUCAAGCUCCUGUGGAAAGUAAAAAAAAAAAUCAAAUAUUGUCAUCAAAGAUGUAAAAAAAAAAACAUUGCAAGCGCGACAGCACGAGUAUGACGGUGCGAAUCAUACAUUGGAACAUUUUUAGUCUUAAUUCCUACACUAGAUAUGCUUUCACAACAAAAACGUUGUGAUGAUGUAAUUUGAAAAUUUCUGGGGAUGUCAUUAUACUUUUCAUUGGGGGUGACUUUCCCCGCAACAUCACCAAUUUGGCCACACUGAGGGUAGACGCAAGUUAACUUUAAAGACCACGUGAUUGGUAAAUGUUUCUACCUCCUAUCCAAUAGUACGUGGACUUGUGUGAUACCAUGUUAUGUGCAGACUGCAAUGUCCCUAAUGAUGUAACUAUUGAUCUGGAUGACGGUGAUUGCGCAGAAAAUUCAAUCGGAGAUGUGGAUGCCAAAUGACAAACGUGCAAUAUGUGCAAUUUGUGGCAAAUUUGUGACUGAUACGUAAUACAACCUCGUGCAUCUCGUUU